UUUCAUCGCUUCGGUCGUCGGAGUCUCUCUCUCUCGUUUGGCUUGCCUUCUUCAUCAACAUCUCAUCAUCGUGGUCGUCGUGGUCUUGGACUUGCCCAAAAUCCGAAAACAAAAUCCAAGCCCAAGCAGCAGCAACGUGCCCCACAGUGUGUUUAGAAAACAAUUUGGCAGCUGGACCAGGACCGCCAGGGUUAAUUGGAAUCUGAGAAUAGCGACAAUGAGAGCGAGGCCGAGCAGAGGAGACCACAGAGAUUGCCCCCACUGUGUGCCCAGGGAGCUGCAGCAGUACACCUAAGAAGAGACAGAGCCAAACAACAUUCCACAAGACAAUCAAGAAAGAGCCAGAGGAGCGAGAUCCCAAGGAGCAGCAGUCAGAUAAGCAGAAGGACAAGAGAGUUCCAGUAAAAUGCGAUCCACAAGGAUUGCUCUGAUCGCUGGUCUAGUGCUCAUUAGCUGGCUGCUCCCGAGCAGCGCCACAGAGUCCAAUGAGACGCUGAAAGGGGAGGCGGAGGCGGAGGCGGAGGCACUGACUGGACAUCUGUUUGCUGGCAGGACGAACAUAACCGUUCUGCAUGAGGUGAGCAGCGAUGGGGAGAUCCCUGUGGAACCACCCCUCACCCUCAACACGCAUGAGGUGCUGCCCCUGAAGCCACUGAAGAAGAAGCCCUACCUGCCGCUAGAGAAGAUUCUGCCCACGCUGGAGUACAUAAAGCCGCAUCCACUCAAGGAGUACGAGCUACAUCCGGUCACGUUCGACUUUAAUCUGGGCGAUCUCGAGGACCUGCCGCACGAGGUCAUCAAGAAGGGUGAGCUCACCAUACCGGGCACGGAAACGGUCACUGGCAGCGAACUCAGCUACAGUCCCGAUCCCAAUCCCGACGAGAAUGACACCGUCGAUGUGGACAUUGCCGAGCCGCGAUCCACGGAGCCCACCACAGCCACACUGCCAGCCACCACGACACUAGCCGCCAGCUCAGAUGGCUCUUUAUCCUCCUCCUCCUCCUCCUCCUCCUCCUCCUCGCCCACGCCCAGCACGCACAUACUGAAGAUCCUGCGGAACAAGCCUCCACCCGCGGCCAAGAUUGGACGGGAUCUGCUGAAGCAGAGCGACGAUGAGACACAGCUAAAGACCCUGGGCAGCACCAUCAACAGCAUCAGUCGGUAUCUGGGCAGCAAUGCCUCAGCGGCGGGAGUGAACAUCAGCCUGGCGGAGAGCAUUUACGGAUCGCCCAAUUACUUCCAGAUCGUGGCGAAUCUGUACGAUCACUUCUACUGGCAGAUCGCAGAGAUUCGCACCAGUGUGCGCACCGGUUGUGGCCUGGAGAUGCAGGCCUAUCUCACAGCCCUCCACUCCAGCUACGAGUGGGCGCAGAAAGCGUACGACUCCUCGGGCCGCUAUCGGGGACAGCUGCUCUUUGGCAACGACAAGUGGCUGGGACAGCUCUCCUUCUGCUACGAGCUGAACCGCCAGAGCAGCAGUGGGGAACGCAAACACUUUGAUCUGGAGUUCUAUGUGGCGGAUGUGGCACUCCAUCUGCCUCGACUGAAUCGAUCGAUGCUGCUGAGUCUGGGCGAGUGCCUGCCCAAGUCUUGCUCGGCCCACGAUGUGCAGUCGAUACUCUCGCUGGAUCCCUACGCUCGCAUGCUGAUCGUUCUGGGGGCACACAACUCAUCGCUGCAGCAGCCGCCGCUGCAAGUGCUGCACGUGCGCACCGUGCCGGGUGUCUACAGCCACUGGCGACAGCUCAAGUUCCAGGUCUUCAUUAGCUUUAUGCUCACCCUCCUGCUGGUGGUGCUGGUGGCUUCUUACUACCAAAUGCGCAUCGAUGAGCGCCGCCUGAUGGUUGCACCCAUAGCCGCAAUCAGUGGCAAGUGCGACAGAUCGCCGGGCAAGAGUGGCAAUGACUAUGCCGGCGGCUUCUACGGCAAACCCUUCGAGCUCUUCCAGAUGCGUCCGCUGGGCACUGGCCAUGGCACUGCUGCCGACAGCCUCGACAUGGAUGUAAAUGGGAAUAGGCAGCGCUCGGGAGAUGCCAGUGAGGUGGCAGAUGGUGCUGGUGAGGCAGCAACUUCAGCACCUGCCGCUGGGGCGAGCAAAUCGGAGAUGACAGACUACCAAGUGGAGACAGGAAGUUGCACUGGCGCGGCAGGCACAUACGAGGCAGAGCAGCCAAUUGCCUUCCAUCAGCAGGUGCUGCUGUGCUUUGCCCUACAAACAAAUGCCAAGGCCAUCCUGAACAUUGACAAGACGAAAGAGACACACACCUCCUGCCUGCACGGCCUGCGCGUCUUCUCGGUGCUGUGGACCAUGAUGGUCCACACAUAUUUGCAGAUGUUUGCCAUUGGCGAGAAUAAGUUUGAACGCGUCAUCACGGAACGCUCGGUGUGGUAUCAGGUGAUUGGCAAUGCCACCUUUUCGGUGGACUCGUUCUUCUUUAUCAGCGGCCUGCUGGUGACCCUUCUCUACCUCAAGCAGGAGCGCAAGCAUGCCGCCGAGACGUGCCUCUUUGUGCGUCGCAGCUGCACGGAGAGCCUGAUGAUGCUGCUCUAUCGCUAUCUACGCCUCACGCCCGUCUAUCUCUUUGUGGUGAUCUUCAAUGACUUUGCCGUCAGGCAGGGCCUGGACUCGUCCGUCUUCCAGCCAGCCAAGAUCGAGCACAACACUUGCCGCGUCUAUUGGUGGCGCAACAUUCUGUACAUCAACAACUUCUUUCCACAGCGCGAGAUGUGCAUGAUGUGGAGCUGGUACAUGGCCAACGAGAUGCAGUUCUAUGUGAUGGCCGCCCUGCUGCUGGCCUUGGCCAGAAGAUACUUCAAGGCAGUGGCCUUGACGUUGAUCGUCUUUCUGCUCAGCUCGUGGAGCGUCUCGGGCAUUGUCUCCCUGCAGCAUCAGUACACACACAAAGUGGCGCUGCCUUUUGAGUCCUUUGACUUUCUCUACGACAAGCCCUGGCAGCGUGUGGGAUCCUACAUUGUGGGCAUGUUCACCGGCUACGUUCUGUACAAGGUGAAGACGCCACCGCAGGUCUCGAGGCGCCUCAAUGCAGCACUUUGGACGGGCAGCCUGGCCACGCUGCUGAUCGUCAUCUUUGGCGUCUGGGAGGGACAGCUGAGCACUGGGAGCACCGCCUUCUAUGUGGGCGUUGGACACACGGCCUUUGCCUGCGGCAUGGUCUGGAUCGUGCUCUCCUGCUGCUGGGGCCUGGCGCCCACCGUCAAUGCGAUCCUCUCCUAUCGCGUACUGUGGCCUCUGUCGCGGCUCACCUACUGCGCCUACCUAAUCCAUCCGAUCAUCAUGUUCAUCUGCUCCUCACACAUGAGCGGCACAGUGCACCUGAGCAAUCUGCUCAUUCUCACACUCUUCCUGGGCAAUGCCGUCGUCUCCUUUGGCUCCGCCUUUGUCAUUUCAGCGCUGUUCGAGGCGCCUGUCAUUCGCAUCCUCAAGAUAUGCUUCAAAAAGUGAUCGAAGAUCGAUGAUCGAUAGCCAAUACUGAUCGCUGCGAUCUUUAAUUUAAUCCAAGAUUUGUUGUUGAUGAAUUUCUAGCCCAGGGUAGCUCGACUCGUUAAUUGUUGAUGGAGCUUACUCCCCCGAUUCCAAUCUAGUUGGUUCUUCGAAAAAUAUUUUGUUUUUUUUUUGCCUGUGUGUGUGCUAAAACCUCUUAGAAACAUGCACACACCGAUUGUCAGUUAAUUUGUAUACUAUUAAUAUCAAGUAAUAUUUACAUUUGUAUAUACCAUAUACAUAUUUAUAUGCAUCAAUUU